AUCAUCCGCUGAAGACAAAAGAUGCAGCUCCCUGAGACUGGACGCCUUUGUGUCUAAGCCGUACCACUUUCAUUCUUCACAUAUUAUUUGCAAUACGUAGAUAUUACAGUCUGAGACAGGUUCCGUCCAGUAUUCGUCCAGAUAGCCCUGAACCGCACAGAUCCAUUAUAAUGAUCAUGAGAUAGGAGAACUUUAUUCCAUCACACGGCCGGCUGUCCUCCCUCACUGCUCUGCUCUGGAGGUGACUUGGUUUAGCAAUGAAGAUACCCAAUGUCCAAAGUUGUCUGGGUCCAAACAUUUACCCAGAGGUGCCUGAUGGUGGCUGGGGCUGGGCUGUGGCUCUGGCUUUUUUCCUAGUGGAGGUCUGCACCUAUGGGGUCAUCAAGAGCCUGGGUGUCUUCCUCCAGGAUCUGAUGGAAGAGUUUGGGGAGAGCAACAGCCGUGUGUCGUGGGUCAUUUCCAUCUGUGUCUUCGUUUUCGCCUUCUCUGCUCCUCUGUCAACAAUGCUGAGCAACCGCUUUGGCUAUCGACCUGUGGUCAUGAUGGGAGGCUUCCUUAUUAGCCUCGGAACUAUCACCUCUGCCUUUACCAGCUCCGUCACUGAGAUGUACAUUACCACUGGGAUUGUAGCAGGCCUUGGCUACUGCCUCAGCUUCCUCCCCACUAUCACCAUCCUAGCCCAGUACUUUUCCAGACGGCGAGCGCUUGUCACCUCGAUGGCUUCUUCAGGAGAAUCUGUUGCUAUGUUUGUAUUUGCCCCAGCCUUCACUACACUCAAGGAACAUAUUGGCUGGCGCUUCUGUCUAGUUAUUCUAGGUAUAAUUCAAGCGUCUGUGAUUGGCUGUGGGGUUCUCCUUCGUCCAAUCGUCAUCGAGCCAGAACCUUUAAAGAAAAAUGAUGACGAGACGCUCUCCGUGAAAAAGAUGCAGGCUGUUUACGAGCUGGAAAAUGAACAAACCAGAACCUCCAUCAGUUCGGACAUCUCCCAAGGUUCACAGGACUCUGGUGUCACCUCCCUGUCUGCCUCAAAUGUAGACCUGAGACAUGCAGAAGGAGAAACCAAAGCUCUGAUGGAGUGGAAGGACAAAGUGCCGGACAAAGACGGUGAGGACACAUCACUGUCCAUGCCUUCUGCUCAAGUCAGUGAGGACAAGGGGGACCUGGCAGAGCUAGAUGGGGGCCCUGUAAGGUUCACAGGUUCCAAACUUCUGGACUUCUCUGUCCUUAAAGACCCUGGCUUCAUCUGUUACUCCCUUUUUGGUCUAUUCGCCACUCUUGGCUUCUUUGCGCCACAGCUCUACAUCAUUGAACUGAGCAAAAGCAGGGGUGUGGAAUCCACCAUGGCCUCCUAUAUGCUGUCUGUGAUGGCUGUGGCUGAUAUCUUCGGCCGCUUGUUCAUCGGAGUGGUGCUAAACAAAGUCCGAUUCAGAAAGACCUUGGUGUUGUUGGGGUGUGUGGUUCUGAUGAGCUUGGUUCUGGUGGCCUUCACUAUCGUGUGGGAGUUCUGGGGUUUGGCGAUCUGCUCCGGCUUCUUUGGCUUCAUCAUGGGCACUGUGGGCUCCACGCACAUUCCCAUGCUGGCUGAAGAGGAUGUCGUGGGCAUCGAGAAGAUGCCGUCAUCUGUGGGAGUGUAUGUUUUCAUUCAGAGCUUUGCUGCACUUGCUGGACCACCGCUGGGAGGUAUGCUGGUGGAUAUCACUGACAACUAUGGUGCUGCUUUCUACUCCUGUGCAGCAGGCACAGGUCUUAGCGCCAUCUGUCUGGCUCUGGUUGGCCCUGCCAAGUCUAGAGCGUGCCAAAGAGUGAGCAGAGUCCAAGAGAAUGCAGAAGAGGUGAAAAUAUCUCAGAAUAGUGACCAGUCCGACUUUUUGGAGGUGGACUUGGCCCCAGAAGACAGUCCAAUUGGACAGGGUGAGGAUCAGGACAGCUGCGUUAUUUGAGCCCAACCACAGCGUGGCAUCACAAUGGACAGAAGUGUCAACCAAACAAGUGCAGAUGUACUGCAGGAGGCGUCAUUGCCACAAACACCAGUGACGGCUGGAAAAUCUCAGGUGUCGCAUUUCCACUUUUCAGCAAACUUGAAAUUCACUUCUUCCAGUGAAGAAAACAAUCUUAUAUGAGACCAAUGAAACAUCCGUGAGCACAUGUCCACACUUUUCUGUCUGUUUAGGGUAAAACCUUUCUUUCACAAUGUGUGAAUUAUAUAGAGAACUGCUAUCAUGAUGUAACUCCGGGUUUAGCCUCUGUUCUGUGAGCUUUACUUAAUGCAACCAUUCAGCAACGUUUCAUGAAAAGAUAGCACAUCGACUCUUAACAUUUCAAGAAACCUUCAUAUUGAUCACUUUGUGAAUAUAUCAAAAACUACAGGUUCCAUUUGGUAAAACCAGCCUGGGUACAUCUUUAUAGCUGUGUCCCAAAACCUAUGUCGCAUCCUUCGGAGGCCGCAUUUGAAGGCUGAUUAUGUCACAGCGACGUGACGAAGGCUGUCCAAAUGCAGCCGAGAAAUGGGUCCUUCAUUUCCCCGGAUUUGAAGGGUGUGUCCUUCAUGCCCCAACCUAUCCCAGAAUUCAUAGCGCGGCCCAGCCAAUUCCAAUUUUCAACAAUGGCAGCUGCUACUAAGUUUAAAUAUUACUCUUAUUACUCUUUCUGGGUCACAAAAUAAACUUUUAAUAUAUUUUCAGGCGAGAAAGCAGCCGUGUAAACUUCAAAUAUCUACUCUGUUUAUCAAGACAUCACAUAUUUGCAAAAGCGCUCCGACGUUUUCGGAGACGCCUGUUACCCACCAGCUCGAUAGCUGACCGGGAGCUCGAGGGUCACUAGAGCCGGUGAGAACAGCGAACUCCCGGCACAUCGUUUUCAGAUCACCGCGGUCUUUGGCUACUCAUGUUAAACAUGAUAUACAAGUCACUUAGAUAACUUAAAAUGUUAUUGUUUGGCUUUGUGUUUUAUUUGUUCCUGAGUAAAUCGGUUUGGCUCAGAUUAAAGUUCUAGUUUUCACACAGCUGAAUAAACGUCAAACAGAAAACUGAUUAAACAGAAGUGUGAGAUGCUCGAGAGUUUACUCCUGUGUCCUGUUAUAUUUUAGACAACAAGGAGCAGACGGCUGAGUUUAUUAAACUCCGCCGAGACAGCGGUGACGCAAAACUGAAGGCUAGACGGUCCAAUUUCACAGCCUUGCACUUCCGGCCUUCUCGGUCUUUGGAGGACCCGGCCCACGUAGACCGCAAAGGACGGGUCCUUUGAAGGAUGCAGCCUAGGAAUUGGGACACAGCUUAUAUCAUUGGUUUUGUCUGUGUUUCGAAACCUCACUAGAUUAGCGUACAUUUAAUAAUUACUACUAAAACAUUUUUUCCAAGCCACAUGACCAGUGGUUGUUCCAAAGCAUGCUUAGAAGUGUUUGGAACCAGACCAAACGUUCUCCUUCUUACUUGAGCUCUGUAUUGAGGCCCAGUACACCCGCCGCAGUGGUUGCUUCACUCGCCGCCGCAGCCUUGUCUCACAGUCAGUUGUAUUUCAAAACCAGAAGCCAAGACUUCAUCGAGUGUUUUAUUGCAAAGUUUUUUUCCACACUUGUUUUUUUUUCUACCUGUUACAACAUCUCAGCUUCUGUACUGGAAUAUGAUUCAAAUGGCGGUACAAAGCGACCCGAUCCCAGCUGCAGCAGGCGCAGUGCAAUGCACAAAGUUACAAAAAGCAAGAGGUGCACGGCUGGCCAAAGUGCUGCAAAGAUUCUGUCACGUGACACGUGAUGUCAUAAUUAGUGCGUGACACAGCGAGGAUAAUGGGGGCAUUCGUUUCUGCUAACGUUGGCUCGAUGUGCCUGUCUCAGGAAAGGAGCUGCGUUGUUAACUUUCCCAUGUUCACACAAACUGUUCUCAUGAAAGCCCCAAAGGGGCUGUUUCAUUCCUGCUGAGCACAGGUUUUUGGACCCAUUCUUGAUGCCCACAUGAUAGGAUCACUUCAGAAAAGUUGGAACUUGCUCCUCGUGGCUUUAAAUCACUGAUGUGUCUGUAUGAAGGACGAUUUCCACUGCUGCUAAAGUGGACCAGAAAUGCAGUUCUGCAGUCUAAACACAACGCCUGGCUCCUCUCUGAUGGUUUUACGCACAUUCAUUUAACUUAUUUUUUAUUGACUGCUUUCUCACAUGAUGUUAUCCAUAGCAACACUGCAAGUACAGCAGCAGUGUUCCCUGAUAGGUUGGCUGAACUGAAGCACCAGCUGGUCUGUGCAUCUGGAGCUUUGAAUGAUGGAAAAGCUGCAGAUUGUGGGAUUAAGUUAUGAUGAGAAUCAGCACCACUUCACAUCCCUAAUUGUGCUUUGUGUAAACCUGUUGUCCUUAUAUUAUCAUGAUAUGAUCCUAUUGAUGUACUGUAGAAUUACCUUGUACACAUGAGGCCAGUGGUGAUACAGCAGAAGUGAAGGUUUGCAGUGUUUUUUGUUUGUUUGUUUUUGGCCAGUGUCAUGGUUGAUGAAAUGCAAAGUGCACAGUGUAUAAUAGUCGUCUAUGUAUGCAAAGCUGUGACAGACAGAUUUGAUUGGAGAGAGACGUUCAUUGAAGCACCUCUCCCUUCCUUCUGCAGGCUCACAUUGUCUCUACACCCAUCACAGCCUGACUUGAAUACUUUAAUCACUGUAUCCUUUUUAUUUAAAGUGUUUCGGAUGUUGAUUGAAUCCGUUUGUUUUUUACCUUUCUUCUGUUUAGGUCUUUUUUUUAUCUGAGUACAAAGCAGGGUCCUGCCUAUUCAAUGCUGUAUCACUCUCAUGAUAUAUUUUCCAAAUAAAACCUUGAAACAUC